GGUGGCGCUGCUGGCUGGGGAUGUUGACUGCACUGGGGUUGUCAGUGGAGCCCUCACCGCCGCUUGUCAGGGGGAGAUCGGGGCUCGGCUGUGCCGGGGCUGGGAGCGGCUGAUCGGCAGCCUGUACGGAGGGGACACCGCUGACAUCCAGCAGCCGCACAGCCCCGGACGGAAUGAUGAACAGGUUCAGAAAGUGGCUCUACAAGCCCAAGAGGUCAGACCCGCAGCUCCUCGCCCAAUUCUACUAUGCAGAUGAAGAACUCAACCAGGUGGCUGCAGAACUGGACAGCCUGGAUGGGCGAAAGGACCCUCAGAGGUGUACGCUGCUUGUUAACCAGUUCCGCUCCUGUCAGGAUAAUGUUUUGAAUAUCAUAAACCAGAUCAUGGAGGAAUGCAUUCAACAUGAGCGAGCAAACCGGGAUUUUUGUGUCAAAUUUCCAGAAGAAAUUCGUCAUGAUAAUCUUGCUGGACAGCUCUGGUUUGGGGCAGAGUGUUUGGCUGCCGGCUCAAUCAUAAUGAACCGGGAAAUAGAGAGCAUGGCCAUGAGACCGCUGGCUAAAGACCUUACCAGAAGCCUGGAGGAGGUCAGAAACAUCAUCCGCGACCAGGCCCUCAGGGAUCUGAAUAUGUACACAGAGAAAAUUAAGGACUCCCUUCGGCAUUUUGAUAUUCUCUUUGCAGAGUUUGAAUUAAGUUAUGUGUCGGCAAUGGUCCCUGUGAAAACUCCAAAGGAGUACUACGUGCAACAGGAAGUAAUUGUCCUGUUUUGUGAAACUGUAGAAAGAGCCUUAAAGCUUGGAUACCUCACACAAGACAUGAUUGAUGAUUAUGAACCAGCAUUAAUGUUUACAAUCCCUCGACUAGCCAUUGUGUGUGGGCUUGUUGUUUACUCUGAAGGACCUCUAAACCUCGAACGCAAAGCAGAAGACAUGUCGGAACUCUUUCGCCCUUUCCACACAUUGCUAAGAAAAAUCAGAGAUCUUCUUCAGACGUUAACAGAAGAAGAGCUCCACAUUCUAGAACGGAACCUUUGCAUAUCGCAAGAUAUGGAGUUUCCGGUCCGGACUGACCCAGAAGUGCCCCCCGCAGUCUCUCCUGUCUUAGUCGCUGCCUUACCCUCAGAAGAACCACUUUCAUCAAAAACUGAGAUCACAGAGGUGGAACUGGCUUGCUCUAUGCAGUAUGAUGAGCAGGAGCUGGAGCAGCUUAAUAUGAUGGUCCACAGAGUAGGCGAUGAAAUGUCUUCUUUACUUUCUCCACCAAGUGUCUGUCAGUCACCUGCUCACAGGGCUAGCUCCAGCACCGAGGCCUCACCAAGCAGACGCCCUAGAGGCCACGAUGAUGAGGAUAGGGUGUUCUUCAUGGAAGACCUUGAUGGAGCCUUGGAUGGGCUCUGUAGAAGAAGAACCUCAGAAAAUACAGGCGCCUGGGUCAAUAGUUCCUGUUAUAUCCCUAAGCUGACUUCUCAGUGCCAAGACACCCUUGUACAGAAUGGGGAUGUGGACCAUAUUGAUCCUUUGAAGGAACUAGAAAGCGAUAUAAGCAAUAACAACAACAUAGAUGGGACUAAAAUACUCAUGUCAAGUGCUACUCUCCAGAACUCUUGCAGUUGUUUAGAGAUGGCGGAUUCACAGGUAUACCUCAAUGGCUGGGAUGUGAAUGGUGAUGAUGCAGAGACGGCGGAAAUGAUUGCUAACAGAACUGGCGGAAUGAAAAUCUCAGCAACUGUAAUCUUCAACCCCAAAUCUUGUGCAACUUCAGCAUCUCCGGAAGCUUCACCAGAUCCAGCCUGUAGUCACUCUGCUCUUUCUUCAGACCCUUUAACAAGUCAUGAAGGGGAUGAGGCCCACAAACUUAGCUUAGCAGCCACAAACUGCUUAAUUAAUUCAUGUGUGUGUUGUGGUAGCUGUGACGAUACAAGGGAGGAUGGCUUGGAAAGCUUAACAACACUUUGCUCUCCGGGUAAAGUGAUAAAUGCUUCCUAUAGCUUAAUAAAGUCCAAAGAGAUUGGCCAUUUAGACAGACGAGAGUGUGCAGUGUCUGCUAAAGAGGUGUUGAUUGAAUCCCCCCCUGUUUUGCUACUAGAAAAAGACUCCAGUAGAUCGGAGCAAAGACUCUCCAACUCCAAGUGCCUGGCGCAUACCUCAGGUUCACAAAUAGAGACGGACAGCGAGUCUGACGAGGCCAUGGGGGUCUCAAGUCCGCAACUUAAGAGAGUGUUAAGAAGGAAAGACAAUGACGGGAAUAACGGGCAAACACAUCAGACAGAAGAGGCUAGCUUGGAUGCCACAUCAAAGGAAGAUCUUCUAUCUAGCACAAGUUCUCAGGAUGACACCCGCAUCUCCCCGCUCCACUCCGCCGCCAGCAGUGACUAUGACAGUGUCUCUGUCACUACAUGUAGUCUCUCCAGCAUUUCCACUCUGAGCAGCUUGAUGACCGGUUCCUGUUCAUCAGAUGACAUUGAUCAGGAGGAAAUACAGCUGGCCUUGCAGGCUGCGAAGAUUGCGUCCAGAGAAAAGAUCAGAUCCCGUUUCCACAGCAGUAAUGACCUCAUUCACCGGCUCUUUGUCUGCAUCUCAGGUGUCGCUGAUCAGUUGCAGACAAACUAUGCAAGUGACCUAAGGAGUAUCCUGAAGACUUUGUUUGAAGUCAUGGCCACCAAACAGGAAAUCGAUGACAAAGGGAAACAGAAAAAAGUGAGCCAAGGCCUGAGGAGUUCUGCUCUAGAAGAUUGUGCUCUCUGUCAGGAAACCAUCUCUUCCUCAGAGCUAGCUGCCAAGGCCCGUGAUGGUGAAUUAGAAGAUCCUCCUGACUGGGUCCCAGAUGAAGCUUGCAGUCUGUGCACUGCAUGCAAAGCUCCUUUCACAGUGAUACGCAGGAAGCAUCAUUGCCGCAGCUGUGGCAAGAUCUUCUGUUCCCGCUGCUCUUCCCAUUCUGCCCCACUACCACGAUACGGGCAGAUGAAACCAGUCCGCGUCUGCACACACUGUUAUAUGUUCCACGUCACUCCAUUCUACAGCGACAAAGCUUCAAUCUGAUGUCCUGGCACUUGCAGGCAGACGGCUCCUAAGUCUUGUUGCUUUUGACCCACGCCAAGAAUUACUGCGAGAAAAGGAUUUUGCUGGAGGCAUGCCGGUUUUCAUUUAAACACAUCCUAAUACCUGUACAGAGAAGUUUAAUUUAUGGGGUUUUGGUCUUGAUUUCUUAAGCUGCUAAAGGAAAGGAUGAAAUGUCUGUGGCUUGCAACUUUAGUACAGUCUUCCAAAUGUUCUGGUUCUGACACGACAGACACCACGACACUAUAAUGCUUCGAAGAUCCUCACUGCAUCACUGAUUACCUUAAAUGGUAAAGAUUACCAGAUCGAUUGUAGCAUCUGUCCCAGCACACAGCUCUGAGGCAUAGCUGCACAUCUGUGUGCUUGUGAACACUGCCGUCACCUGCACAGUCACGCUUCCAUUGUACCUUUUUGUCACCGUCUCCCCUUCAUUUAAGGAAAUGCAAAUUGAGCAGAAGAUUGUUUUGUGCUCCAGAAGAGAAAAGACAAUUUGUG